AUGUCUAAUGAUAUUAAUCCAGAUGAUGCCGAAAUUGCAACAAUUAAAUCUUUCGUUAUUUCAACGAAUAUGAAACAUUUCGUUACAAGUCAUGAAGAUCAUUCAUUGAUUUUGUGGAACGUUGAUUUCAAUGAUAAAACAACCAAAAGAUGCGUAAUAGACAAGAACGAACAAGUCCUUUUGCACAAAUCAAAAAAGUUACUAGAAUUAUCAAACGAUAAAUUAUUGAUUUAUUUUUGUGAUGAUAAUCCAUAUCUCCGGGAUUUGGAAGCUUCCAAAUUUAGUCCGAUUACCAAACCAUUAUCUGACGAAAAUAACAAAAAAAAGAGUUUAUUUGUCGAAAAAAAACAUCUACGGUUUCUCCCAAAUGAUGACCUUUUAUUGCUAUCGAUACCGCUGUUACAAGAGGAUUCACAAGACGAAAAAAUACAUACACGGAAUCUCUUAAAUGGAGAGCAUUUAUUGAAUUGGCUACUUAAUGAUAAAAGGCGAAUCCCAACCAUUGGUCAACUCGGUAUAGAAAUGAUCAACGUUAGUCCUCAAUGA